AUGAUGAGCGUCCAAAAGAAGAUGUUGCCUAUCCUCACAAGCCCGAAGAUGCCCAAGCAUCUCCGCUUGAUAGCUUUCUUCAAAACCGCCGCCCCUCCGUCAGCUUCGAUCCUACCAAUCAAGGGGCCGCUUCCAGCGAUUCCAGGCCAAAGGGUCAAGCCUAAAAAAAAUUCAUUGUCUCCGGACGAUGAUGAGGACCAUGAUACGACAGCGAUCGAAUUUGACUACAGCCCCGGGAGGUGCCAAAACCAACGAGGAUUUUCUACCCGUGCCGGCUUUCCCACCACCCCUGAGGAGGAAUUGCGUAUGACUACUGAGCUUGAACGUCCAAUAUCCUUAACAUCUGUGUCAACUGCGUCUCCCGUUACUGAAGAAUUACGAACGCCCCCGGAAGGCUCCAAGGGGGCUUUGCCAUCACCUUUUUGCGUGACCUCACCCGUGCAGCCGUUCGCAUCACUGUACGACCGCAGUUCCUGGUCUGGCAGUGCCAUAACCCCCUUUGGAAACAAAGCCAGAGGGCCGCGAGGCUCAGCGCGCCAAACUUCCCGUCGGUCUACCGCCUCCAGUGAGCCGGCUCCACAGCCAGAUGACGAGGGUCAGAUGGUUGGAACUGACUAUGUGCUUGGAAAGCAGAUCGGUUUUGGAGGAUUCAGUACGGUAAAAGAAGCAUAUAAAGUCGACGAAAGCGGUGCAACCAGGCGACUUGCGGUGAAAAUUGUCCGAAAACAAGUAUCUGGAAAGACCGAGAAAGAGAACGAUGAAGUCCAAGCGGAAUUUGAUCAUGAAGUUCGAGUCUGGCGGUAUCUUAGUCACCCACACGUUUUAACUCUGGAUGCUGUCUACGAGACCGACUACGCCACCUUUUGUUUUACCAAGCUGGCUAUAGGUGGCACCCUUUUUGAUCUCAUUCGCCAGAACCGGCAUGGUCUGGACCACGGUCUUGCAAGGAAAUACACCUACCAAUUAGCAUGUGCCUUGCGAUAUCUACACGAGGACGCCAGGGUAGUACAUCGAGACAUUAAGCUAGAAAAUUGCCUUUUAGACCCGGUUCAAUUGCCAGAUGGUACGAGGACGUCCAAUCUCGUGCUUUGCGAUUUCGGAAUGGCAGAAUGGAUGACAACAGACAACGGAGGCGCCUCACCCGAUCCUUACGACGACGCGGCAGACCGUCCACCGCCUAAAACAAUUGGUCCUGCUGGGUCCAGUACCAGUAUUGCUGGUAGCCUGGAAUAUGCCUCUCCAGAGUUACUUCUCUCAACCAACGGGGUGAUUGAUCCUUCAGUGGACAUUUGGGCAUUCGGCGUGAUUGUGUUCGCUGUCAUCGUCGGGUCACGACCGUUCCAGGACCCCUUUGCGCCCCGAAUUCAAUCACGCAUCAUCAGUGGAACUUGGGAUAGAGAGUCGGUGUUGGACGAAAAAGAGGCAGACCCCCAACGCCGCAAGGAUAGAGAAGCUGCCUUAGAACUUAUUGCUGGUUGCUUGAACAUGGACGUUGAAAAACGCUGGACUAUCAGCGACGUCCUAUCGUCCGCUUGGCUUCGAGACUUUGCUGAGCCUUUGAACGAUGCUGCAUCGGAUACUGCCUGGAAGCUAUGA